UACACGCUCGUGUCUCUCUUCGCUUCACUCCGGAAGACGCCUCUCGAUCCAUCUCCUCCUCAUCGGAAGGAAGUUUCCCUUCCUCUUCUCUCCCCUCUCCCCUCCUCGAUCCUCGUUCGGAUCCGCCGUCUCGGCCCGCCGCCCCCGCCGCCGCCGAUUGCCCCCCCGCCGCCGGCAGCGAAGAUGAACGACGCCGAUGUGUCGAAGCAGAUUCAGCAGAUGGUCCGGUUCAUCCGCCAGGAGGCGGAGGAGAAGGCCAACGAGAUCUCCGUCUCCGCCGAAGAGGAGUUCAACAUCGAGAAGUUGCAGUUAGUGGAAGCGGAGAAGAAGAAGAUCAGGCAGGAGUAUGAGCGCAAGGAGAAGCAAGUGGAAAUUCGAAAGAAGAUUGAAUAUUCGAUGCAGCUGAAUGCUUCUAGGAUCAAGGUUCUUCAAGGUCAAGAUGAUGUGGUUAAUUCUAUGAAAGAGGCAGCAGCCAAGGAGCUUCUUAGCGUGAGUCAUCAUCACCAUGUCUAUAGGAAGCUUUUGAACGAUCUCAUUGUCCAGAGUUUGUUAAGAUUGAAAGAGCCUGCAGUGCUACUUCGUUGUCGAAAGGAUGACCUGCAUCUGGUGGAGUCCGUCCUGGAUUCAGCCAAAGAGGAGUAUGCAAAGAAAGCAAGCGUUCAUCCUCCAGAAAUCAUAGUCGAUGAUCGUGUUUAUCUUCCACCUGCUCCUUCCCAUCACAAUGCCCAUGGCCUUCACUGUUCAGGAGGAGUUGUUUUGGCUUCUCGAGAUGGGAAAAUUGUGUGUGAGAACACACUUGAUGCGCGAUUGGAUGUUGUCUUCAGGAAAAAGCUUCCAGAGAUCCGCAAGUGGCUAUUCGGUCAGGUUGCUGCUUGAUUUGGUCAGAUUGCUCUGGUUUGGUUGUGCCUAUAUUGUUUAAAUCAGAAAUCUAGGUUCGUGGAUGUGUCUGGGCAUGGGAGAUCGUGUGUUCUUUGUAAGCUUCGAUUGUUUUGUGCUCUCAGUCGAAAAAUCUGUUCUUUUGUUUUUCAAGAUUAUUUCCGGAGCCUGGUAAAGCACUGAUUGCUACUUAUAAUUAUUUGAUAAGACUAGCUAUUUACGUCCAAUAAAAAUGUCAGAUUGCCGAU